ACAAACCCAAACUGCCUAAUUGCUUGGCCGUCUUGUUUAAUAACUUCCAACGCCUCGUCUUUGGUCCCCCUCCUUGUUCCUUGCAUGCUAGCUAGAGACACAUGCCAUUUUCUUUUUAGAUCUUCCUCCACCUUGUCCAUAAUCAACCAAACAUGCCCGAUACCAAUACGCAGCCGCACACGGCCGUCCUCGGCAUAAAUAACGAGCCGGCUGUAGACCCCAAUGACUCGAGCUCAGAUGGAACCGCCUUCGGACAGAAACCUGAGCGUGAUGCGGAACAGGGUCUUGAUGAACCAGCUUCAUAUCCCGGGAGUGAUGCGCCUGAUGGCGGCAUUGUCGCAUGGCUUGUUGUUCUUGGGGCAUGGUGCACUUCUUUUUGCAGCUUCGGUUGGAUCAAUAGCGUGGGUGUGUUCCAAGAGUACUAUCAAGGCGACUUGCUCAGUAACUACUCGGCUAGCACCAUUUCAUGGAUUCCUUCCUUGCAGAUUUUCUUCAUGAUGGCAUUGGGCCCUGUUGUUGGUGUAAUUUAUGAUCAUUACGGCCCGCGCUGGCUCAUAUUUAUUGGUAGUCUGUUCCACGUAUUCGGAUUAAUGAUGGCUUCGCUCUCAACACAGUACUACGAGGUUCUUCUUGCUCAAGGCGUAUGCUCGGCCAUUGGCGUCUCUGCAAUCUUUCAACCUGCUCUGAACACCAUUCACGGAUGGUUCAACACUAAUCGCGGCGCCGCUUUCGGUAUUCUGUCCACCGGUUCCUCUCUGGGUGGCGUUAUCUUCCCCAUCAUGGUGUCCCGCCUGCUUCGCGAAGUUGGUUACGCUUGGGCCAUGCGCAUCUGCGCCUUCCUAAUCCUCGGCCUGCUCAUCAUCGCCAACCUCACUGUCCGCGCGUACCACCCUCCUAGUCCUAGAAAGGUCUCGACUAGCCAGAUCAUUCAGCCUUUCCGAGAGCCCGAGUUCGUCCUUGUGACGGCGGGCUUUUUCUUCUUUACCUAUGGCAUCUUCGUGCCCAUCAACUACCUCCCCGUACAGGCCAUUGCCGCCGGCAUGAACGCCGAUCUCGCGCAGUACAUACUGUCCAUCCUCAACGCGGCCUCCUUAUUCGGCCGCAUAUUUUCCGGAAUUAUGGGCGAUAAGAUUGGGCGCUACAACAUCUUCGUGGUCGUAUGUUAUCUGACCGGCAUCUGGGUCCUGGCCCUCUGGAUCCCCGGAAGCGACGACGGGGCGCUGAUCGCGUUCGCUGUGCUGUUCGGCUUCUGCUCCGGCGCGUACGUCUCGCUCAUCGCGCCUCUUGUAGCCCAGAUCUCCUCGCCCCAGGAGAUCGGUUUCCGCACGGGACUCGUCUUCUUUGUCUCGUCCAUAGGCGGCUUGACCACCAAUCCCAUCAACGGUGCCAUCCUGGACCAUGGCUGGACGGGCAUCAAGAUAUUCUCCGGCGUAUUUUGUUUGGUCGGUACGACGUUUGUCCUGGCGGCCCGCAUCAAUCGGACUGGUUGGAAGCUGUUUGUUAUAUUCUAA